AUGAGUCAACAGGUAGAAGCUGGUCCAUCAAAUGAAGGGAAGAAGAGACCAAAGCAGCCUCAGCUGAGUUGUGCAGAAUGCAGACGACUCAAACUCAAGUGUAAUAGAGAAGUACCUUGCUCGAAUUGCUUCAGGAGAAAGUGCUCGGAGCUGUGUCCUGAUGGUGUAAAGGAAACCCGUCGCCAGACAUUCGAUGUUAAAGCUGCUGAACAGCUACAAAAAAGGCUUUCCACUCUUGAAUCGCUUUUGGCUGAUAACGGAGUAGAAGUUCCCUCACCUGAGACCGACAUUCAUUCCCCUGCGAUAUCACAGACCCAUAACAAAAGACGAAGGGAAUCAUCAUUCAGUGUCGAUCGGUCACAUCCUUUACCUGAUCUGUCCCGUGUAGGACCAUCUUCGCCUCCCUAUAGAUCACCUAUUGAAGGUAGAAGAACUCCUAUAUCAUCGGCGAGGGAAUACGCUCUCCCAACAAACAGACAGUCAGAACCAGGCCCGUCGUCAAGACACGCACCGAUGUUUUGGGGAAGAGAGACGUCUGACUAUAGGCUCCCGGCAUCGUCUAGUCCGCAACAAUCGAUGCAUAUGCAUUCGGGUGUUACGGAUCCCUUAGAUGGCGGCAUCACUCUGCCUCGUUCACCAGUCGGACAUAGUCAUGGAACUCUGGUAUUGGGUCAAGAAGGGAGAUCGAGGUAUUUAGGUCCCACAGCAGGUACAGAAUGGUUAAAAAAUCAAGAGUUGGGAGAUGCACAUUCACCUGAAAUACCAGCUAGUCAAUCUCCCGAAUAUCAGCCUCAUCGAGAGGAUUUACUAGACAAGGAGAAAAGGAAUGCAACAGAGCAUCUACUAGCCUUUCCCUUUCCACUACCGACUGGACCGUCUACCAUGGAGAGCUUAUUGUCGCAUUUACCGCCAAAGGAAGAUGCAGAAGUCUUGAUGGACAGUUACUAUCGUUAUUUCGCUUGGAAUCACGAUACCGCCCCUCGUUCUUUCUUUCAACCCGUAUUCGAUCGCAUAUUUCAAUGCGUAUCGACUAAAUCAUUCCGUUCAGUCCAUCCUCAACAGCUCGCUCUCCUUUACGCAAUCCUUGCAAUGGGUACUUUGCAGAAUCUUGAAUUACCACCCAAUGAUCCUACCGCAGAUGAAUAUCUGGCUUUGGCGAAAGGGAGCUUGACCAAAGGUGACUUCUUGAAUAACAAUACUAUUGCCGGUGUACAAACCUUGAUCAUCAUGGCUCAUUACUUACUUGAAACUGAGAAGGGAAGGAAUGGAGAUUCAGCUUGGCCGUUAUGGGGUUUAGCAAUGCGAAUUAUCGUUGCUAUGGGGCUUCAUAGAGAUGGUGCGAGAUGGAAUCUUCCGGCAGAUGUCGUAGAGGAAAGAAGACAAGUCUUCUGGGCGGCAUAUGCUAUCGAAAUUCUCCAAGCAAAUUGCUUCUCCCGGCCAACAUCUCUCGCACCCCAAUAUAUCGACACAGCAUUUCCUGUUGGACCGGACGAUCAUCCACAAGGAUCGAAAUCGUAUCAGACGUUGAGGUUUGAGCUGAUCCAACUAUCUGCAAAAAUCCUUGACACCGGCAUGUCAGUUCAUUUUGAAUCGUAUGACACGAUAUUAUCCUUGUACACUCAAUUAUGCUCAUUCGAACGGUCGAUUCCAUAUGAGCUACGCUGCAAAACCGCACUCUUAUCCACACCAUCCGAAUAUCCAGAUACUGAAAUUGCUAAACAAUUAGCACCGGAAGUGACCAGAAGAAGUAUCAAAAAAACAUUUCAACAAUUUACAUUAGCACUGAACAUCUCAGAACAUGUCCUGUUCAUGCAUAGACCAUACUUCGUCAUGGCUAUGCACGAUCAACCUAUUGAUCCGACCAGAAGUGUUUAUGGUAGAUCAUACCUUGCUGUGGUGGAACGGUGCAGUGUUAUGAUACAAGUUGUAGCUACGUUAUACUAUGUACAUCCAGCUGUAUCAUCAAGACAAUGGUUUUUAUGGUAUCAUAUUUUUACGGCAGCUGUGUGUCUAGGUACUAUGGUACUUCGGAAUCCAACAUCUGUACUCGCACAAUUCGCUUUGACGUCCAUCGAUCAGUCUAUAUCAGUAUAUUCAUCUUUGAUCAAACAGAACAACAGUCCUUCGAUGGUACAGAAUCAUGAUUGGUUAAUCAGAUUACGAUCCAGAGCAUUUACAAAAAUAAUUUCAUCAAAUCAAAAACAAAACCAAGAAUGGGAAACUGGAAGUGGAAGAAGUCAGCUUGGAUCAUUAAAUAAUGAUACCGGCGUGGAAGAAGAUAUGGAUAUAGUAGGAUGGAGAACUAGAUUGAUUGAAUCUGCUUCGAAUGGUUCUCAAAUAGCUAUAAACAUUCCAUCAUCUUCUGGUGCAGCAGGACCAACUUCUUCCAGCAAUAUCAACAAACAGCUCAAUCCGACUAAUGCAUUAUUUACACCUCCACCAACAUCGACUCAACCGAAUGUAGGAGUGGUUCCUGCAGUUCAGCAAGUACUGCAACAACACCUAGUCGGGACCGAAGGAGUCACAAAUCGGUCCCAUGGGACGGCCAGUGCAAGUGGAGGCGGAAAUGGAAAUAACGGAAUGGACGCAUCAACCGAUCUCAUGUUACAUCAAUUUUGGGAUCCUAUGAUGAUGCCGGAUGCGGGUAAUCUGGCUUCCGCAAAUUGGUGGAGUUGGGACAUGGGUCUGAACAAUGAACAAGCUUCCACAACGCAUACUAUCUAA